GUUUGUAGCUUUAGAGUCUAAAUAUUUGUUCUUGUUCAUAACCAAUAACUAGUCACCUAAUAAUGUACUGAAUUCUCCAAAGAUAGUCAGAGUAAAGACUUGUGGAAACAGAUUACACUCAUAGAUGUGUUUGAAAGAAGUUCAGGCUAUGAAACAGAGGGUCAUAAAACAAGCUUUGGUCUACAUGAUUUGCAAAGACAACUUGCCUCUAUCUUGGGUGGAAAAAUCAGGAUUGAAAAAAUUGAUGAGCGUCAUUUGUCCACGCUAUAAGGUUCCAUCACGAACUACAAUAACGGGCUUAAUGGAACAACGAUAUCCCACUACCAAAGCCAUUGUAAAACAAAAACUAAGUGAGAUAAAUAAUAUUGCUUUAACAAGUGAUAUAUUAACUCUCAUGAACUCGACACGAAGUUUCAUCGUAGUAACAGCGCAUUUUCUUAACACAGCAAAUAACUGCACUCCUGAAUCUGAACAUGAGAUGGUGACAUUGACAGCACGAAGAAUGUAUCAGGCACACACUGCUGAUUAUAUAAAAGAAUGCUUUGAAAAUAUUACCGACGAGUUUUCAAUAGAAAAGGGUUGCAUCUUAUCAAUUACCACUGAUGGUGGUGCUAACAUGGUUGCUGCAGUGAAGAAAUUUUUGGAAGACGGAAAAAGAAUUCCUUGCAUCGCACAUUUGUUGAAUUUAAUAGUGGAUGGCGCAACAAGAGAUAAUCCACCAGUUCUUCAAAUUGCCAAUCGUGUCAAAGCCAUUGUAACAUAAUUCAAACAAUCUGUGAACGCAAUGGAUGAUUUGCGAGCAGAACAAGAGGGACAAAAGAAGGAGGGAGAAGUAUUAACACUUAUACAAUCAGUAAGCACAAGGUUGAAUUCUUGUCUUGAUAUGUUGGAAAGAUUCAAUACAUUAUCAGCUAUUAUGGGUAACAUUUUGGCAACCAUGAUGUCAUACCAGAUCUGAUAAUAUUGCUUACCUCAUUUAAGCAAGCUACUGAAGAAAUUAGCGGCGAUCAGUACGUGACUUCAAGUUUGGUGAUUCCCAUUGCAAACUUACUUCAGAAAGGCCUUGAACAAAUAAAACCUUUCACCGCAUUUGGUUUCGCUGUUCAGAAGAGUUUGCUAAAUUUAGUUAUUGCCAAACUAGAACCACUAGAGCGACAUUUACAUUUGGCCAAAGCAACAAUUUUAGACCCACGCCAUAAGCGUAUUCAUUUUAGUUCAGCGCUAGCUAUUUCCACUGCAAUAACCGCACUGUCAAAAGAAAUACGUUUAGAACAUAGACGUAGAGAACAACUUUCGCCUAAACUCUGACCAACUCCCACUACCAUAAUUACAAAUUCAGAAAAUUCUUCGCCGUCGUUGUGGCCCGGAUAUGAAAAAAUUAUGAUAGAUAUUGCUGCAGCUUCAGCAAACUCUUUACUUUCAACUUCAACCAGUGAUGGUGAGCCUAUCGAACUAAAGCAAUAUCUACAUCAGCCUAUAGUACCCAGAAAAGAGAAUCCUACAAAAUUCUGGUUUGAUUGUCGUCAUUUUACCCCAGUCCUUUCCGACAUAGCUCUAAAGUAUUUGAUAUCGCCUGCGUCCUCGGUUUCCUCAGAGAGAGUGGCAUCUGCGGUGAAUCUCGCAGUACCCAAUAACAGAAGUCGGCUUACAGCCGAGCACGUAAAUCAAAGAGUUU